CCCGCCAGGCCACGCUCACAGACGCUCGACGAUGGCCCCCACGUUCUUCAGCAGGUUCAAGUCAUCCCGGGCAAGUACCACUCCAGCAGCGAGCAAGGCGAAGACGCAGACGAUCGUCCAUCGCGAGCACCGGUUCAUCGCUGCCAUCGUGUUCUUCCUCAUCUUUGCGUUCUUCCUCCUACUCCUCCUCGUCUCCCUCUCCUCUUCCAUCAUAAAACGCAUCUUCGUCUUCGAGGUCUAUGCAGUCGAAUCAAAUGACCCCAGCGUAGGCCUGAGCAGCGUCACACGCUUUGGCAUGUGGGGUGUCUGCGCCUCCGCUCCAAACAUAACUAUCUGCAACGGCCCUUCGCUAGGGUAUGAGAUUCCCUACGAUGUCCUGACCAACAUGGGGAUCAACGACGGUCUCGGACCGCACGCGCUCAGAGUCCUCCAGUCCCUGCUCAUUUUCCACGUCGCCUGCGCCGCCUUCUCCUUCAUCCUCCUCUUCAUGGUGCCCUUCCUGCACAUCCAGCCCAUCGCUGUCGGUGCCUUCUUCCUCGCCCUCAUCACCGCGCUCCUCGGCACCGCGGCGCUCGCGGCGGACAUCGCAUUCACCCUGUUCGUCAAGACGAACAUUGGCCCGCUUACGCCGGAACUGGCGUUCAAGGUCGACUUUGGGAAUGCGACGUGGAUGGUCCUCGCAGGCGACUUUUUGAUAUGGGGCGCGGUGAUAGUUCUGAUGGCGAGGAUGUUCUUUUGUUUUGGAAUCAGACAACCAAGGAAGAAAACUAUCGAUGUAGAAAAGCCCGCGUUGAGCUGAAUGCGCUGGUGCUGCAAUAUACCAAAUCCACGAUGUACUGACUGCUGGGCCUAUGUUUCGCCUUCCAUCUGAUUCCUGAUCCAUCUUACCCUUGCGUCAUCUAGCUGAGCACUCGAUACCGGACAGUGUAAAACCAUACCAUGCUUAAUUACAUACCGUCAGUGCUACCUUUGCUCAGGGCCAAAGAGGAGGAGACACUGAGUGCAUGUAUGCAUGCAUGCUCCGCGUCGAGGUCUUGCAAUGUGGACAGCGCGGGGUCAUUGGUUCACCUUUCCGAGUCGUUGUCCACCAAUUCACCCAUAGUUUUGGUGUCGCACGUUCUGCUGAUAACUCCGGCUCCGGUGUUAGAUAUCAGCUUCCCGACGUAAUCACGCUCUUCUUCGCGCUCAGGUGUUUUGGCCACAGGACCACGCUAGAUGCCCUGACUU